UAAGUGUGAAAGUGGUGGGCGAGUUUUUUUUUUUCAAUCUGCCUUCCAAAAUGGCGGGUCACUAGUCACGUGCCUAGCCGCAGCGAAUGAUUGGCUCUUGGGGCCCCAGCGGGGCGGGGCUCCGCCAGCAGCUGUCUGCUACUGUUUGUCGGAACCUCCUAGCGCGCUCCCGCGAGGCCCCCCUCCCACCCUACGCGCGACCCCGUCGCUUCCAAUGUUGUGAAUCAAAUGUCGGGUUUGUUACAUUCCGCUGGCGCGGCGGACAGUUCUUAAAGGGCCAGCCGCGGGCAGCUGCGCAAACCCGUCCGCGCCGCCUCCGGCUCCCGGAGAGCCUGGGCCAAGGCAGGCUUAGCGCGCGUGGGCCUCGGGAGGCGGACGCCGGCGGACAGACAACAAAGAGAGAGGGCCCCGGAAGGAGCUGGACUGCCCGCGGACCAGGGGGUGGGAAGGAGAGCAUAUUGUUCCGCUGGGCGGGGGCUCUUAAAGGGUCCAGGCAGCCCCCCAACACCACCACCGCCCCCUUGCCCAGCUUGGCCGCCCUAGAUCGGGAACAAAGGAAUCAACGUGUAUCCAGGCGGCUGAAGGGUUGUGAGCCCUGGCCCAGCCCCUCCACCUCUCUGCUACCCCUGAUGCGACCAUGGGCUCUGGCAGUGACUAGGUGGCCCCCCUCCACCCCUGUGGGUCAGCGGCGAUUGUCUGCGGGACCUGGCAGCUCCCCAGCCCGGCUCUGGGGAAGCCCUGGCCAUGAGGGCCGCCCGCCUGCCCAGGAUGAGCACUUACCCUCCCAGCAGCCGCCGCCCCGACCACCACUCCUCCCCGUAGAAGAGCACCGAGCCUCGGCUCCUGCCGGCGGGAGCCCCCGAAUGCUGCACUCAGCUUCCCAGCAGAGCCCCCCGUUCAUGGUCGACAUCCACGAGCAGGUGCACCAGGGAGCCGUCCCUCUGUCCUACACAGUUACCACAGUGACGACCCAAGGCUUCCCCUUGCCUUCAGGCCAGCACAUCCCUGGCUGCAGCGCCCAACAGCUCCCAGCAUGCUCCGUGAUGUUCAGCGGGCAGCACUACCCGCUCUGCUGCCUCCCACCCCCGCUGAUCCAGGCGUGCACCAUGCAGCAGCUCCCUGUGCCCUAUCAGGCCUACCCCCACCUCAUCUCCAGUGACCACUACAUCCUGCACCCCCCACCGCCAGCCCCACACCCCCAGCCCACCCACAUGGCGCCUCUGGGGCAGUUCAUAUCGCUGCAGACCCAGCACCCACGGAUGCCCCUGCAGCGGCUGGACAGUGACAUGGACCUCCGGGGGGAUCAGUACCCCCUGGGGAGCUUCACCUACUCCACCUCCGCCCCGGGCCCGGCCCUGUCCCCGUCCGUGCCCCUGCACUACCUGCCCCACGACCCGCUGCACCAAGAGCUGUCCUUCGGAGUGCCCUAUUCCCACAUGGUGCCACGGAGACUGAGCACCCAGAGAUACCGCCUGCAACAGCCGCUGCCGCCCCCACCGCCGCCGCCGCCACCGCCACCAUAUUACCCCAGCUUCCUGCCCUACUUCCUCUCAAUGCUGCCAAUGUCACCAACGGCAGUGGGACCCACCAUCAGCCUGGAUCUUGACGUGGAUGACGUGGAGAUGGAGAACUAUGAGGCCCUCCUGAGCCUGGCGGAGCGGCUGGGGGACGCCAAGCCUCGAGGACUUGCCAAAGCAGACAUAGAGCAGCUCCCGGCCUACCGCUUUAACCCGGACAGCCGGCAGUCUGAGCAGACACUGUGUGUGGUCUGCUUCAGUGACUUUGAGGCGCGGCAGCUGCUCCGAGUCCUCCCCUGCAACCAUGAGUUCCACACCAAGUGUGUCGACAAGUGGCUGAAGGCCAACCGGACGUGUCCCAUUUGCCGGGCCGACGCCUCUGAAGUGCCCAGGGAGGCCGAGUGAAGCCCACGGCUGCCUGUGAGAACCCUGCCUGAAGCUCUGGAAACUCGGGGAACCCAGGGAGGGUUGGGAGGGAGUGGCCCAAGCCUGUCUCAUUGUUCCCACCUAUAUCUCCAGAGCUGGUGCCGGGGUCAGCUCUGCAAUAAGCCCCUGCGUUUGCCAAGCUCCAAAGACUCCAUCCCCAGUCUGCCUGCCGGUCUGCCCACCAUGGAGCUGCCUGAGGGCCCCUAACUCAGUCUCCUUCCCAUUUGCCCUCGGGUCCAGCUCCUCCUCCUGACAGCUCUGGGAGCCAGGGGUCUGUUCCCCCAGUCUAGCUGGUAGAGACCCCUGGCCCCAGGAUGGGCAAAGAGGCACCAUCCUGGGUUACUCGGUCUCUUGCACUGAAACAGCGUGCCCUCUUCCCAGGUGGCACUGACAGGCAAAGACAGUGGCAUGAGGCUGUUCUGACCCGCAGGCCUUGGUCCUCCGGCCUUGACCCCGUCAGACAGUCCUACCCAGCUGGCUGGGAGGGGUGGGCCGGGCUCCCUAGAGGCCCCUCGCCCCAGGCACAACAUUCCAGCCCCACCCCAGGCUGGAGGGCCCUGAGCCUGGGCGGCAGGUAUCCUGAGGGGCCUUGGCCAGACCAGGGGGAGUGACCUGUGUCCUGGUGGCCACUCCUCUCUGGCAGUGACAGGGGCCAGACCCCACGUCCAGUGUCCCCUUUCUGUCAUUUUGCAUGAAUAUGAGGAGUAGCAGCUUUCUUUUAUUCAUUUGGCCCAGAAUCACGUGUAGGAUUUGGGGGUGUGGAUUUUUAAACAAUGUUUCCUUUUUGUUAAAUGGGCGGUUUAGGGACCACCUAGGACUGAGUGCCCAGGAGGCAGGGAAUGGCCCGCUGGUGCUGCCCAGUCCACAUGCACGGCUGGGGGCUGGGCCGGCGGCUAGCGGUCACAGGCAGAGUCGGGGGUCUGUGCUCAGCUGAUAACUGCCAUGCACUGUACUGCACACGUCCCCCGAGCCUACCGGGACCGUAUGCUUUUCAGGGCAUUUCUCCCUCCAGCCAGGGCCCGUCUCCCACCUGGGCGAGUCUCCUCCAAGGAAGUCCCAGGAGGACAGGGCCCCCUCCCAGCCUGAGCCCUGCCCCCCAAGGUCUGGAGGAGGCCCUGUCAGGGUCUGGCUGAGCUCCCUUCCCUUGCCCUCCUGGUUCUUUCCUGCCCUACUCCCCGCUGGGGUUGCUGCCCUGAACGAACCGCGUGUGGGGCCGGCACAUCCUAGCAGGCAGCCCCUGGCGCCUGCUGCCUCAGGGAUGCUCCAACCACCCUCGUUCCUCCGCAGCGGCCCCGGCCCCACCUCCCCCAGCCUGCCAUGGGGCCCCAUCAGCCUGGCCCCACCCCCGUGGAGAACCCAAAGUCUUACUGUAUAUAACUCCAGGUGAUGUUUCUAUAUUUAUAGCAGUGUCGAAACCCCACGUGUUUUACACAGAGAACCACCCUCUCCGACCCACCCUUCCUCACCCUGGCAAUAGGUUUCAAGACCCCUCCAGUCCCCAGGCGAGGUGGGCUCUCAGAUUGUGCUGGCUGCCCCAGGGUCCCAAGGAGCACCUGUGGCGGGGACAGGGGGACACAACAUUUUAAAAAAUCAGUUACAAAAGAUUUAUAAAACAAUUAUUUAGGAUGUUUGUGAUUUGCCGACCUUGCUAUAGAUGCCAUGUUACCAAUGAUUUCCUGUGGUGGGGGCUUGCUGAUGUUUACUCUCACUCCCAGCUUCUGGCCUGGGCAUGGCCGUGGGCAGCAUCCCCAGCCCGGCUGGGCCCGGCACCUGUGUUCUGUGUUAGAGAGGCGUUCUAUAUAUAUGUAACUGCAUAUAUAUAUAUAGAAAUAUAUGUACUUUGGGGGCCCUGUUCCUUGCACAUUUUACAGUUACCUCAUUCUUCCCAUGUAUGUAUUUGAGAAAAAUGCUAAUAUAUAGAGAAAAAAAUUGUUCUUAAAGCUUAAAUGUGUGGUUUUUUCCAUUCCAUUGGAUUCACAUUGGUUUGUAGCAUUUAACAUGACUAGUAUGUUGUAUUAUAUAUAUAUGUGUAUACUGAUUGAAAUUUUUAACAGAUUUGUACUUUUUUUAAAAUGAAAGUUGCUAGUUCUGCUUGACCAAGUAGUGCAAUCAUUAUUUUUUUUAAUAUUGUUGCUGAUUUCAGAGGGAUAUUCACUAAUAAAUGUAUGAUGUAUAUCGAG